GAGUGAACCGUCACUUCCACAUGAUCUGCAUCAGAGAUAAAUUCAGUCAGAAUAUCGGCCGACAGGUUUCCUCCUCCGUCAUCUGGGAUCACCUGGGAACCAUGUACGACAUGCAGGCUCUGCACGAGUCUGAGAUUCUCCCGUUUCCAAACUCGGAGAAGAGCUUCUCUCUUCCUGAUGACAUCAUCCAGGAGGUCAAAGAAGGAAAACUUUGUUCAGAGGAGGAAACAAAAGAAGAGUUCAGGAUGGAGAGAGAACCUCCAGCUACACAUGAAGAAGGCAGUAACUCAUCGGUGAAGAUGUCCGAGCGAACGAGCAGUAGUCGGGAAAAGGAGAGAGAACGAGACAAGGAGAAAGGGGCGAGUGAAGGAGGAGCAGCGGGCGGCGGAGGAGCAGGAGGGGGAGGAGGGAAGGAGGCAGAGAAGAGGAAGAGGAGUCGAGCUGCUGAGAAACUGAUGUCGUCUUCCAACCCGGCGAGUCCAGGAGGAGCCAAGAGGAGACGCACCUGAAAGAGAGAGGGAGAGAGAGGGGGAGAGUGAGAGAGAGAGAGAGAGAG